UGGGCCAUUGCACCUCUUCAAUUUUAUUCUUUUUUCGCGACAGUUUAUUGCUCUUUUGUUUUCAUUUCGUGUUCGCAAAAUGGAGAGCGAGACCUUUGGCGCCGGUGACUCGGACCCGCAGCUUCGCAUUCGGAGUAUAGACCAGACCAAUGUCAACUUUGUCUUGUCCAACACACAUCUCAGCGUUGCCAACUCGCUGCGGCGCACAAUGAUCGCCGAAGUACCAACAAUGGCCAUCGACCUAGUGGAGUUCAUCGAGAACACGUCAGUUCUUGCCGACGAGUUCAUUGCGCACCGCCUGGGCAUGAUUCCCUUGGUAAGCCACGACGUGGACAAGUUCAAGUACACGCGCGACUGUAUCUGCACGGACUACUGCAAGGACUGCUCGGUGGAAUUCCGUUUGCACGUAAAGUGCACCGAGGAGGGCACACGGACCGUGACCAGCCAUGAGUUGAUCAGCAGCAAUAAGAGCGUGGUGCCGGUGCUCGAGGGAGACGACGACCCAGGGAUCAUUCUGCUGAAAUUGCGCAAGGGCCAGGAAAUCAACAUCCACUGUAUUGCGAAGAAGGGCGUGGCCAAGGAGCACGCAAAGUGGUCGCCGUGCUGCGCGGUGGCGUUCGAAUAUGACCCACACAAUAAUCUGCGCCAUCUGGACUACUGGUAUGAGAAGAGCAUUGAGAAGGAGUGGCCACUGAGCGAGAAUGCCAAGGAAGAGGACAAGACAGAUCCGGAUGCUCCGUUUGAUUACAAGGCUGAGCCCACGACCUUUUACUUUAAUGUCGAGACUGUUGGCUCCAUUAAGCCGCAGAAUGUCGUUAUUAUGGCCACGCGCAUCUUGCAGGAGAAGCUCGGCACUUUGCUGCUGGCCUUGGAGGACGACCAGAACCCGGACGCGGCUGCUGCGGCUGACGACGGCGACUGGUAUUAAAACGAA